AUGAAUGAAAAGAAAAAACUUGAUAUUAUCCGUAACAUGCUAGGAGAACUUCUGGGGAACAAGGAAGAUGAGAAUAAUAAAGGAAAUGAAAAGAAGGAUAAAUUAAAAAAGAAAUAUAUUGAAAAAUCUAAAAAAGUUUUACAUUUUUAUAGAAAUUAUAUGAAUGUUUUAGAUAAGGAGGAAUUAGAUAAAUUUGAAAACUUCUAUAAUAUGGUAUUAAACAAUUCUUUUGAUUUUUCUAAAAAAGAUAAUAUAGAUAUUUAUAUGUAUUGUAAUGUAUAUCCUAUAUUAAAGAGAACAUUUGAAUCGUUUGUUUCUUAUCUUUCUAAUUUAUUACAACAUAAAGAUGAUGAUAAUUACAAAAAAAUUAUAAAUAAUUUUGAUCCCAUAUUAUUAUUUUCUCAAUAUAUUAUACGAUUAACUGAUGAUGAUGAUGAUGAUGUUGAUGGGUUUUCCUUAAACGAGGUGGACAACAAUAUGAAAAUAUGUAUGAAAAAUACACAUGAGACGGAAAAAAAUUAUAUUAAUUAUAAUAUGUAUUCAACAAUAAAAAAAGAAGAACAUUAUUUACAGGAUGGAUAUUAUAAGAAUGAUGAAAAAUAUAUAAAAUGCACUACCAUGAAAAAUAAAGACAUUUUAGGAAACAACAAAAUUAAAAAUGAAAUUAAAGACUUUUAUAAUACUUAUGAUAACUUAAUAGAAGAAAAUAAAAUAAAAGAACAACAGAAAAGAAAAGAAAUUAGGAAAAAUAUUUAUGAAAAAAAAAACAUUUUAUCUCAAGAUGAAAUUUCUUUAUAUGAAAAUUAUUAUGAAGAAAAUAUUAAAAUAAAAACAUCUAUUCGUUAUAGAAAAAAAACAAAUUUAAAUUCGACAUCAUAUAUUGAUAUAAACAAUUCUAAUAAAUGGUCAAACCAUUUUCCAAAUACUUUUAAUAUAUCAUUAGAUUUGAAAGAAUCCAUAGAAUCCGUUAUAUGUCAAGAUGGUAUAAUAAAUACAGAAAAUAAAAUACAUAUAAAAAGUUCUCAUAAUAUAGAAAUGAAGGAAUUAAAAAAUAAUAAUGAUAAUAUAAGUUGUAAAAAUUUUACAAAUAAUUCUUAUAUAAAAAAGGAAGAUGAUGUUAAUCUAGAAGAAUAUAAAAAUAAUGAAAAAGAAGAUAAUUUUGAUAAUAUUAUUAAACUAAUAGAAAGUCAAGAAAACUCCUAUAUUGAAAAACGAAUUUAUUUAUUAUUAAAUAAAUGGGUUAAAGAAGAAAAUGGUAGGAAAUUUAUUUUACAUAAUAAAUCAAAAAUAGAACCUUUAUUUAAUGAAUAUAAGAAAAAAAAUUAUAUUGUUACUGAUAGGGAUAUAAUACCAUUGUUAUUUUUUAUAGAUAAAAAAUUACAUUUAAAUUAUUCUUUAGUACAUCCAUAUAAUUAUAAUUAUUUUUAUUAUAUUUUUCAUUUAAAUUCUUCUUUUUAUUGUGCUGAUACUAAUAGUAUUACAUUUGAAGAAUUAUGGAAUUUCCUAGUUUCCAAUUUACCUUUAAAUAAUUAUUUAUAUAAAGAAGAUAUUAUAAUAGGUCUAGAAAAAUAUGAAAAAAAAAAACAACUUCAUAAGAAUUACCUUUUUACUGUAACGUUUAUUAAAAAUUUUCUACUUUUAAUUUUGAUAGAUAUAUUUUUCAUGUUAUCAUAUAUAAUUAAAACACAUUAUUAUAAGUGUAUCUUCGAUUAUAUAUAUUUAGAAAAAAAUAUGCAUGAUGUAGAAAAAACAGACCACUAUGUCAAGCAAGAUAUGAAAGAGACAGAUAUAGAUGAAGAAAUAAAAACAAAAAAUAAAAAAAAUAAAAAAAAUAAAAAAAAUAAAAAAAAUAAUAAUGAUAAUAGUAAUGAUAAUAGUAAUGAUAAUAGUAAUAAUGAUGAUAAUAAUAAUGAUGAUAAUAAUAAUGAUGAUAAUAAUAAUGAUGAUAAUAAUAAUGAUAAUAAUAAUAAUGAUAAUAAUAAUAAUGAUAAUAAUAAUGAUAAUUUUUUCCUUUAUAUUACCACUUCUUUUUCUUCUUUUCUUUCCUCGUCUUCUUCAGCUUCAUCUACAUCUAAUAUCUCUUCUACCACAACAAUAACAUAUAAAGGUGUAGAAAAUAACGGAUAUGUUAAAAAUAAGGAGCAUAUAAUAAAAGAACCUAUUCAAGAAAAACAAGAUAAUAAUGAUGCUAUAUUUAAUCAUCAUCAAGUUUUUCAAAAAGAUACAGAAUGUGCAUGUGAUGAAAAUAGCAUAUGGAAUAAUACAGAAAGUAAAAUAUUAAAUACAAAUUGUCAAUGUGAAAAAAAUGAAAAUAAUAUAAAAGAUAUUAAAAAAAAAGACAAUAUAAAUGAAAGUAACAUAAAAGAAGAUAAGAAGGAGGAAUCUUUUUUAUCAAAUGAAUUAAACGCAUUUAUUAAUUUUUUAUUGCUUCUUUGGGGUAUUAAUAUAUCCUUUGAUCAUAUAAAUCAUGAAGAAUUUUUAAUUACAGAAGAAUUAUCAUCCGAUAUGGAUGAUAAUUUUAUAAAUGUAGAUACAAAUUAUUCAACAAAUAAGUGUACUACUACUAAUUGUAAUAAUAAUAGUAAUAAUUAUAAAGAUGAUGAUGAAAAAUUAAAAAGCAUUAACCAAACAAAUAAAAAAGUAAAAUGUAAAAAGGGGGAUAUUAGAAAUAAUUAUAGUUCAUUUGAUACAAAUGAUGAGGAUAAAGAAGAAAAAAUAACAAACACAUGGAAAAUGAAGACACAAAAUUUAUACAACAAAAAUUAUCAAAGUGAAAGUAAUAUGAAUAUAUCAAUAAAAAAAUAUAAAAAAAAUAUCCCCCCCAAAAAAAAAAAAAAAAAUGAGGAAAGAACAAAAAGUUUGAUAAUAAUAAAUAGAAAUAAAAUAAAUAAUCACAAUAAUAAU